AUGGACAAGUUGAAUGGAUUGAGUCAUCUCUUCAUGACUGUCUUUCUUCAUAACUUCUCGUCACACAUGGUGAUACCAGCCAUCACUGAUGUCACAAUGGCUGCGCUUUGUCCCGGAAAAGAUGAAUGCUCACUUGCCAUCUACCUCACUGGUUUUCAACAAGCGAUGAUAGGACUAGGAACGCUUGUGAUGAUGCCGCUCUUGGGGAAUCUGUCAGAUAAGUAUGGUAGAAAAGCCAUUCUCACAUUCCCUAUGGCCCUCACAAUUAUCCCCACAGGCAUAUUAGCUUACAGCAGGACGACAAAAUUCUUCUACGUGUACUACGUGUUUAAGAUACUCAUUGCCAUGGUUUGCGACGGAAGCGUUCCUUGCCUGGCUUUAGCUUACGUGGCAGAUAACGUUACAGAAGCUCGGCGAGGCACUGCGUUUGGUAUUCUUUCGGGGAUAGGGUCCGCCGCGUUCGUCUGCGGCACACUAUCAGCUCGAUUCCUAUCUACUGCCCUAACUUUUCAGGUUUCCACUCUUGUCGCGGUGAUCGGAGCGUUGUACAUGCGAAUUUUCCUUCGGGAUUCGGUCGUCGAUGAUAACCACCUUUAUACCCCAAUCAUUUCAGAAGGAAAGCCCUCAAUUGCUAAAAUCGAUGAAAAACCGAAAAGCAACUUGCAGCUGUUUAAAGCACUGUGUUCUUUGUUGGACCUUAACUCCUUCCUCAACAGUAGCUUGACUAUUACCCAAGCAGCAAUUGUUGCAUUCUUCAGCAACCUUGCAGAUGUUGGCCUUCAUGGUUCAAUGAUGUAUUACUUAAAGGCUAGGUUUCAUUUUGACAAGAAUCAGUUUGCUGACUUGAUGGUCAUUUCUAACAUUGCGGCGACUGUGUCGCAGCUUCUUCUUAUGCCCAUUUUGGCUCCUACUCUGGGUGAGGCAAGGCUGCUUUCAAUUGGACUAUUCUUUAACUGCAUACAUAUGUUCCUCUACAGCAUAGCAUGGUCCUCCUGGGUUCCUUAUGCUGCUGCAAUGUUCUCAAUCUUGUUUGUUUUCUCACAGCCCUGUAUGCGAAGUAUUGUGUCUAAGCAAGUUGGUCCUCAUGAGCAGGGAAGGGCUCAAGGUUGCAUCUCAGGCAUAUGUUCAGUUGCACAUAUUGUUUCUCCAUUGGCUUUCUCUCCAUUAACGGCUCUCUUCCUAUCUGAAAGGGCCCCUUUUAAUUUUCCUGGCUUCAGCAUAAUGUGCAUAGGAUUUGCUUCGAUGGUAUCUUUUGUUCAGAGUAUGAUGCUUAGAGUGGUUCCUCCCAUUUUGAGUUAGACGCACAUAAAUUGAUUGGAGCCCUAAUUUUAAAGAUCUUGAAUAUUUCCUCAAAGUGGAACCGUUCCUCAUCUAUCCAAGUUUUGCCUUCAGCAGUGCUUUUGAUGAGGAAACGUGUUGAAGAAGUCUAUUCCUAGAAGUAGAUAUUUAAUAAGCUUUCACACUUUAAUACUACAUGGCAUUCCGUUUCUUUGUCUGUCCGUCUGGGCUUUAGAUCAAAAUAUACAAAGCUAAAUUUUGAUUUUUAUGUGCAUUGCCAUUUUGUUAUGUUGUUGGCUGUUGCAAUUU